AUGCACGAUAGCAUCACCGGAGGUGACGCCUUCUUCAUAGUUGUCAACACUGGUUGGCGCUCGUCUGUUGGAAGACUCAAGUCAACAAAAGACAAAUUUGCAAAUCGAAUGCAUCGACAGCCCAGCGAUUUCGAAAUUAUGUACAGGGUUAUAGCUACGACUAUCUUUGCUUGCAUUGCUGGCUCGUUGUUAGUGGUUGUAUCUUUGGUGGACACUUACCCAUCCUGGGACGACAUUCUACGCCUUUUGACAUCCAUCUCCGUUGCUGUUGUUCAAUUCCAGCCAGGCUUAAGCCGCGAUGUUCUACAGGCUGCAGCUGCAGGGGCUCAGACCGACAACGGCGCAGUCGUGCAGGACGGUGGUAUUGCAAUCGAAGGGUUUGCCGGCAUUGACGUUCUUUGCAUCAGCGCAAGCGACCUGGCUGAUAGAAACAAAACCACCAUCUUUGAGCCACUUUGCGUGGCUUGCAGGCCUGAUGAUCUCAUGCUAGUCGCUGGUCUCAGCAUUCUUUCGGACAAAGACGAGUUUUCUCGCUUUAAUCGUGCUCUGUUAAAGGCGCUGAAGCGAUAUCCGCAGGCGAAGGCGAACUUGGAUCGCUAUCAGAGCCUCGCCUUCAGAUUCAUCGAACUAGAUUCGACACUAGGCGAGUGUCUGGUCGAGUCUGCAACCGGAGAACGUAUGCUGUGUAUCAGCGGCCCUUCGCGGUCCGUCUGGGGAUAUUGUGUUUCAGAGAACCCAGAGAACGCCGAUAACCAAGACUGGUUUAAUGAUACGAUGAAAGAUCUACGACUUCGAGGCCUAGCGUCGUGGGCAGUCGCACGCAAGCAAGGAAAUGAUCCUUUGAGGUUUUUGGGGCUGAUACCAACGUUCGAUCCACCCAUGGCCAACACCAGACUUGCAGUGAGGGUAGCCCGGGAACUCGGCGUCGCUAUUAAGCUACUUACCUCACGCGACAAAUACUUUGGCAGAGUUCUAUCUCAAAGUAUCGGCCUUGACACUGACAUGCUAAGCGGGGAAGAUAUCUACCACGCGGCCAAGGGAGACGCAGAGCUCCUUGGGCGGAUCGACGGGUCCAACACUUUCGUCGAAAUGGAUCCCGAAGAUCGAGAUGACCUGCUCGGCAUGCUGCAAAAAGCAGGCAACCGAGUCGGAUUCACAGGUGUCCAACAAAACGACGCUCCAUUGCUUCGAAAAGCAGACUGCGGCAUGAGUGUAGAUGGGUCUACUGAACUUGCUCAGGAGGCGUCCGACGUUGUCUUCAUACGGCCUGGAAUGGUUCCAAUGGUUCGCGCCAUCCAAGGAGCUCGCGCUUUCUUUCAACAUCUAGAGAUCGCGAUGGUCUGCCAAACCGUGACAUUCCUGCAAAUGCUGCUCACUUUGACUUGGUGUUUGGCGAAAUUCGGCAAUCUUCUUGAUGUACGACUGUUCCUCUUCGGUGCAAGCGUCACCAACACCUACAGGUUUCUUCAAACAUCGAGCAAAGGCAGUGCUAAAGUUCAGUUCUUCAAAAAGCCGGUACGUUGGAACGCCGCGACAAUUCUUCGCCAGGUCCUGCCACUUGGUGUGGUGAUUACCCUGGGUUCUAUGCUACUAGCCAUGGUUAUUCUGGGGCCAAGGCUAGUCACAGUCUCAAUGCCGUCCCAGACAGCAGCGGACUCACAGUCCGUAAAGAGAUGUGACUCUCAAGCCAUGUCGCUGCACAUGCUCAUCUUAUACGACCUCAUGCCUCUUUUGUGUCGAUCAGAAGGACGUUUUUGGGCUCAUGAGCAGGACUGGCGAAUAUUGAUGCAUAUAACAUGUGGCCAGGUCGUCCUCACCGUCGCAUGCAUCACGGGCUGGAUGCCUGAAGGCUUCAGCUUGAGCAUGACUGCAGCGGUGUGGGCCUGGGUCAUCACCUUCGUCACAUUUGGGGCCGCUGCUGCUGCCAGAUACACGACUUAUGGUGGCGAGCUUACGGAGGAGAUGUAG